CAUUCUAUUUGAAUAAGCAGUGGUAUAGUUUUGCCUGGUGGUUUCUGCUGACGUAUUUCGAAGUAAAGUAGUCACGUUUGUCAGUAGAUGAAGGUGGAUAUUUAAGAAAUAACUGGUGGACUAAGAGAGUAGAAUGCUUCAAUGCUUGGACUAGAACCAUAAAACUCUGAAAAAAGUAAAAAUCUGUAGAUUAAAGAACUAAAGAAGUCACCAACAUUAUACAACUGAAGUGUGGCAAAAUGUACCAAGAAAGUGAAAUUCUGUACUCAUCAGACCAAGACAUCAACAAUGGUCUCAAUUCUGAAAAGCUGCCCAGCCCGGAACUGCCGGUACAGGUGCAAGCAAUGGCGAACAGUGUGUAUGGUGAAUUCAAGCGAAUGAUGGGAACAUAUGGGGAGGAGGUUAUAAAAGAACUCAUGCCACUUAUUGUCACAAUAUUGGAAACUUUGGACCGUUCCUUAUCCGAGUGCAAUGCCAAUGCUGUUGAAGUGGAGAUGCUGAAAGAUGACAACGAGCAGUUAGCAACACAAUAUGAGCGUGAAAGACAACUACGAAGACACGCUGAACAGCAGUUAAUGGAAAGUGAAGACGUAAAUGAAGCUGCAACGAGAGAAAUCCGUGCAAAAGCUGAUGCUCUUGAAACUGCUACGCGACAUUUAGAACUUAAAUGCAAAAAUUACACAGAUCAAGUUGAAAGACUUCAAGAAAGAGAAGCUGACCUUAAGAGAGAAUACACAAUACUUCAUGAACGCCACACUGAGAUGAUCCAGUCAUACAUGGAACAUAUUGAGAAGACCAAGGUUCUUCAGCAGCAAUCAUCAUAUAAUGAAUUCUCACAAAGUCCAAACAACUAUCUCCCUUGGUACAGGAAGGAGUUUCCACGCAGUGUUGCAACCCCAUCACCUUCCGGAUCAUCCGAGUUUCCUCCAUUCUCUGCAUCGGAUAACAAUCAGAACGUUGUCCUCACCCCUAUCGCAACACGGCCUGAUUACGCAUCAACACCCAAUGCUGAGCGAUCAAACAUUAGCAUCAAGGACGAAAUUCCAAAGUCUCUUCCAAUCACCCCGAGCACUCCAUCUUCAUCUGAGGACAAAUCUUCCCAACCAACAUCCAAUGAGGAGCAACCUCCUCAUGAAGUAAUGGUGGGGAAAAAGAAGUUAACCAACCAAACGCAAACCCCUCAAGCUCAAGUACCAGCCAGGGCAGUGAAAAAGUUGCACGAGAAAUCAUUGCAUCAGAUGACUAUGACUAAACAAACAAUCAGCCAAGCAGCUAACCUUUAUAAGGAGCAAGUAACUUGUGUGGGGAGCAAAGUACAACAAACCACAGAACCAACAGAAACUGACGCUCUGGAUUUAAAUGUGGCUUUAAUAAAUGAAACAGUUCGACAUGAAGUACAGGGGGUUGCCAAAGAAAGUAUUGGACAAGAUGUGGGAUCCCCGUCAGGAGAGAGUGAGGGGGCAGGUUGGGUGAGUGACGAGGUGAAAGUUAUGUUGCAAAACGGAGAGUUUGAUCUUGAAAACACACCACUAGAUGGCAGUGGAGAUUACACAUCGGAUAAGCCAGAGUUGGAAAGCACUGGGAUUGAAAAUGCCGCAUUUGAAACCACGGUCAAUGAAAGCUCACUUUACGCUGAGUUGUCGAAACAAGAUCUUGGAGAUGUUGACGAAGGAGCUGAUAUUCUUGACAUGUAUGAACCAAAUAACCCAUUCUCUGGAUGCCUCGUACAAGAUAACAACUUUACUGAGUACAGUGGGAUGAGCAAGGAAGUGGAGAACCUCCUACAUGAGAAUACUAAACUGCUUGCUACUAAGAAUGCACUGAAUGUUGUUAAGGAUGACUUGAUACAACAAGUUGAUCAGCUCACAACACAACACACUAUCCUUAAGGAGGAGUUGGUGGCUUCCGAGAAAGCAAAAGAAGAUUUACAGAAGAGACUUGCUGAGUUUGAGAAGCAACUCGCGAAACUCCAACAUGAACUUGAUAAUGUUGGGAAAGAUGGAACGAGGAACUCAACAUCCAAGCAAAGUGAUGAGGAGGAAGCCUUGCCAUUAUCUCAGCGCAAGCGUUUCACUCGUGUUGAGAUGGCUCGUGUGCUGAUGGAGAGGAACCAAUAUAAGGAGCGUCUGAUGGAGCUUCAAGAGGCGGUGAGGUGGACGGAAACUCUUCGAGCAUCGAGAAAUCAUCCGGAAGUUGCUCAACCCAAGAUAAAGAGCAAAUCAAACAUUUUUAAUUUUUUCAGCCGACUCUUCACGUCCAACAGUUCGGAGCCUGCCCCCUCCCCACCCCAACCUGUACCCAGCCAACUGGAACCGUACCUUGGUCGCCACGGGAGACGCUCGAUCAGCUCCUCCAACGAUCUCAACAUCCAGAUGUCGUAUAACGCUCCAACAUCCAAAGUGAUGCCUCGUUCAAAGAGCAGCUCCAUGUCCUUAUAUGGUCGAUCACCCACCAUCGACACACUAAGAGAAGAAGUGGAUCGGCGUUUGCCGCAUUUAAAACAUGAAGCUGCAACAAAGAGCAGGUUUAGCAUGUGGCUUACUAGUGGAACCCGAGAUACAACCAAAUACCAGCCACGUGUAAACGACACUGCAAGAUUCCAGGCUUGUGGAUGGAGUCUUCCCAACAGUCCAGCAUCACCUAAAGAAGGUUCGCGCACGGUUCCAGUUCCUGUAUAUUGUGGGCCUAUGGUUGAUACCAACUCCAAUAUGAAGAUAUGGUGUGCGACUGCCGUGAACAUUGCUGAUGGUCGAACAAGAGACGGAGGAUCGAUCGUCGGGACAUCGAGCAUCUUUUAUGAUGGGAAGGAGUUGGACACAGUGAAGGAGAGGGAGGAGACAGAGCAAUCGGAGGAGAAUGGAGAUCAGAAUGAUGUGGUGGACCUCGAGGAGGAACUUGAAACUCAAACCCAGAGCUUUAAGUUUGACGAGAAACGACGAGGAGCACUUAGCUCCCUCGUGUGGAUAAUAUCGGGCGACACUCGGUCGAGUAACGGAGUUUUCGGAGGAAGUAAAGUGAGCGUGAUGGAUGCAAGAGAACCGAAUAAAUAUCUGGAUCAGUUUUCUAUUGGAAGCAACGACACACAUGUUCUCUGUGUUACCAGUGUACCAGGGGCACUGGAAGAAGAUUAUUCUUUAUCUGAUUCGCUUGAAGUUGAUUCAAUGUACAGCAGUGCAGGUGACAGCAGCAUGCUUGGGAUGACGCAAUCUCCCACAGAACUUGGAUCUCAGUUCCCAACAUCAUCAAGCUCCCAGGAGGUUGGAGUGGAAGCCACAGAGGAUCUUGUGUCUUCCGAUGCAACCAACCUUGUAAGAGUAGAAGGGCAAAAAAAGUUUUUAAAUGAAGAGAAAAAUGAUACCAGCCCAGUGUCUUCAAGCCCUAAGAUUGGUGGAAUUGAAAAAAUCAAAACCCCAACUAUUGAAAAUCCAGUUAAUGAUGGUGACACUGAUGAGUCGCCAACUAAAUGUGACAACUCCUCUCCUGAUGGCACAAGAUUGGCAAGUCUUCAACCUACUGUGUGGAUGGGUGCUCAGAAUGGAUAUGUCUAUGUUCACUCUGCCAUCAGCAACUGGAGAAGAUGUUUGCACCAAAUCAGACUAAAAGAUUCAGUUUUAUCGAUUGUUCAUUUAAAAGGAAGAGCCCUUGCUGCCCUCGCUGAUGGUACAGUGGCCAUCUUCAGAAGAGAUACUGAUGGUGUGUGGGAUCUGUCAAGUUAUUACCUAUUAGACCUAGGUCGUCCCCACCACUCCAUCAGAUGCAUGAGUGUGGUGUAUGACCAUGUAUGGUGUGGUUAUCGCAACAGAAUUCAUAUUGUUGAACCAAAGACAAUGAAAGUAGUGAAAUCAUUUGAUGCCCAUCCGCGAAGAGAAUCCCAGGUUCGACAGUUGGCUUGGGCAGGAGAUGGGGUUUGGGUGUCCAUUAGAUUGGAUUCCACAGUUCGACUUUACCAUGCACGGACACUACAACAUCUGCAGGAUGUUGAUAUUGAACCUUACGUUAGCAAAGUACUUGGGUCGGGAAAACUUGGAUUUUCGUUUGUGAGAAUAACUGCUUUGAUGAUCUCCCAGAAUCGGUUAUGGAUUGGAACUGGUAAUGGAGUUGUUAUGUCUGUUCCAUUAUCUGAAGGUGCAAAGAGCAACCAAGCAUCAAGUGCUGUGUUGUCAUCAUCACGUGCAUCAGAUAGACCUGGUGGAGUUGUUCGUGUUUAUAAAGAUCCACUCAGUGAUAAGAUCACCCCUGGAACUUUUAUUCCAUACUGUUCGAUGGCUAACGCUCAACUCAGUUUCCAUGGUUACCGAGAUGCUGUCAAGUUCUUUGUGGCAGUACGGGGUUGCGUCACUCAGCCCAAUACUGCCAAUGGUUCAGUUGGACUAUCUCCACCAAAGCAGCCCGACAACUCCGAUCCAGGUACACUGGUGCUUAGUGGAGGAGAGGGUUAUGUGGAUUUCAGAAAAGGAGAUUUAGUUGCGAUUUCACCUGAAGAUAUGAAAGCCUCGAAUUCAGGGAUUCAAAGCACGACUCAGAUGAGCCAUGUUAUCGUGUGGCAACUAACCCACCAGUAAAAAUAGCAAACUUUUCUUACUUUAGUUGUUAACUUUUCCUGGCAUGCAGUUCACUGUCUAAGUUAUUAUUUAAAGCGUUGGUUCCACACAUAGAUAUAGAUAAUUUUUGCCUGUGCUGGGAUCUUAUCAAUAUAAGCCUUUAUGGCAAUUACCAAGCUUUCUGCCUCAAUUUCUGAAUUAAACUUAAUUAAUUUUGCAGCCCCUUUCGCACAAACUAACUAUAUGACUUACUUGACUAAAUCUGCAUAACUAUUCUCUCGAUAAAGGGUUGUGAUAAACUGAUGCUGUAUGUACAGUCUGUAGGCUUCUAAAGUUUAAGAAUAACAUUACUAACAUAAAACCUUCAGCAGUAAAAGUAUUUCUGACCUGUUGUGUUUAUUUAAUUUGUCAAACUUAUUUUUUUUAAUUUUAACUGUACAGUGUAUAUACAAAAUGUUAUUUACAUUGGUAUGUUGUACAUACCUAAUAUAUAUUUAUAUCUGCACAAAAAUAUAGAGCAUGCUAUAUGCAGUAUUGGACAGCCAAGGCAUACUACAAUGGAUUUUAUGCUGAUAAGUUAAAAACAGUAGUUAACUCUUCUAACUUUCAAUUGCCAAUGCUAAUCUGAAUUGCUUGGUGUGUGUAACGUAUAUGCAUAAGGUAUCUCUGUUAUAUUUUUCACUUGCCAAGGGUUUUUAGCAACACCAAAGUCGUAUUUUCGAUCAAACAGUUUGUAGUAAUCUAUAUAAAACUUUACCUUCUUACAGAGAAAUAUGGUGCAUGUGUUACUUGUAAAAAAAGAAAAAAAACUUUCAUUCCAGUUGGCUCUUGAAUAAUUUUCUCCUUCAAUUGUUCUUGUUGUGCAAUUGCAUUAUCUUUUAUCUUUUCAUUGUUGUUCCGACAUACUUUCAGUUGACUUAGAGGAGACAGUUAGUCAAAUUAUGGCGGCAUGUGCUUUAAAGCUUUGUUGGUGUCAACUCAUUUUCAUGGUAAUAAAAAUAUAUACACCA